AUGGCGCUUUGUACAGCGGUUACAAAAGGAGAUCUUGUAAAGACAAGGGCUAUUCUAGAAGACGAGACAGGUGAUACCAAGCUGGUCAUGCUAAACAGUGUGGAGCCUGAUGGAAAAACAGCACUCCACAUAGCUUCAGAAGAAGGGCAUAUCGACCUCGUGAAAUAUAUAAUUGAUUCCGGGGCGGAUCUAGAAAAUCGAAGUAGAAGCGGUGACACCCCUCUUCACUAUGCGUCUCGGAGAGGUCACAAGACUGUUGCUCAAUAUCUCAUCAGUAAAGGAGCAGAUAUCAAUAUCGCUGAUAACAAUGGCUAUUCACCUCUCUAUCUUGCUUCGGAUGAGGGUCAUUUUGAUGUUGCUGGAUGUUUAUUGAAAUCUGGAGCAGAUAUAAACAAAGCUUCAUAUGAUCGUUCUACACCCCUUUAUUCUUCAGCAAGUAAGGGUAAUGUUGAUGUAGUGAAAUAUCUCAUAACUAAAGGAGCCGAUCUUGAAAAGAAAGGACCUAAGAGUCAAACUCCACUUUGCGUUGCGUCACUGAAUGGUCAUCUUGAGGUUGUGAAGUAUCUUAUUAGCCAGGGGGCAAAGCUUGAUACUGGCGAUGAAGAUGGCCACGCACCUCUCUAUACCGCAUCAAAGGAGGGACAUCUGUUCAUUGCUGAAUGUCUGGUAGAUGCAGGAGCAGAUGUAAACCAAUUAACAUUUGAGUCACCGCUUCAUGCUGCAUCAGAAAAUGGACAUCUAGACGUUGUGAAAUACCUCAUCGCUAAAGGAGCAGAAAUUGACAAAGAUGGUAACGAUGGCUUUACACCUCUAUUUCUCGCCUCACUCGAGGGUCAUCUUGAUGUUGUUGAAUGUCUGGUAAAUGCAGGAGCAGAUGUCAAACAAUCUAACCGCGAGACAAUGUCACCACUUCAUGCUGCAUCAGAAAAUGGUAGUCUGGACGUUGUGAAAUAUCUUAUCAAUAAAGGAACAGAAAUUGACAAAGAUGGCGACGAUGGCUAUACACCUCUGCAUUUCGCCGCACUAGAAGGUCAUCUUACUGUUGUUGAAUGCCUGGUAGAUGCAGGAGCAGAUAUCAAUAGAGCAUCUCAUGAUGGUUACACUUCACUGAUAACCGCAUUGAUAUAUGGACAUCACGGCAUUGCGGAGUUUCUCAUGACUAAGGUGGCAGAACUUGGCAACAGAUAUGACGUCGUUUUAGUUGCACUUUGCAAAGCAAGCUCCCAGGGCUACCUCGAUGCUGUAAGGUACAUCAUAACUAAAGGGGUAAACCUCGAAUUGGAAGAUAGAGAUGGUUUCACACCACUAUAUCACGCGUCAGAGAAUGGACAUCUUGAGGUUGUUGAAUGUCUAGUGAAUGCAGGAGCCGAUGUGAACAAAGCAUCAUCAUAUGAUGGCGUGACACCUAUCUACGCCGCUUCCCAAGGAGGCCAUCUCGAGGUAGUUGAAUGGCUCGUGAAUAAAGGAGCUGAUGUGAACAACGCAUCAUCAUUUGAUGGCGGAAGACCCCUCUACGCCGCUUCACAAGGAGGCCAUCUCGAGGUAGUUAAAUGUCUCGUUAAUAAAGGAGCUGAUGUGAACAAAGCAUCAUUAUAUGAUGGCAGACCACCCCUCUACACCGCUUCACAAGGAGGCCAUCUCGAGGUAGUUGAAUGCCUCGUGAAUAAAGGAGCUGAUGUGAACAAAGCAUCAUAUGGCGUAACACCCCUCCACGCCGCUUCACAAGGAGGCCAUCUCGAGGUAGUUAAAUGUCUCGUUAAUAGCGGAGCUGAUGUGAACAACGCAGCAUCAUAUGAUGGCGAAACACCCCUCUACGCCGCUUCACAAGGAGGCCAUCUCGAGGUAGUUGAAUGCCUCGUGAAUAAAGGAGCUGAUGUGAACAAAGCAUCAUAUGGUGUAACACCCCUCUACGCCGCUUCACAAGGAGGCCAUCUCGAGGUAGUUGAAUGUCUCGUUAAUAACGGAGCUGAUGUAAACAACAUUUCAGCAUAUAAUGGUACACCAUUGCAUGGAGCAACGCAUGGACGAUAUGUUCACAUUGUAAACUACCUCAUCUCAAAAGGUGCAGACCCCAAUAGUGUUGAUGGCAAUGACUCUUCACCUCUUCACAUUGCUUCACAGACAAGACUUGAUAUUGUUGAGUGUCUCGUAAAUGCAGGGGCAGAUGUAAACAGAUUAACACGCGAUGGUUAUGCACCGCUAGGUACAGCCGUGCGUUAUAAUAAGCAAGAUAUAGCUGAAUUUCUAAUGUCUAAGGAAGCGGAUCUAGGAAAUACUUAUACUGUUGAAACAAUCCUUCGGAAUUCAUCCACCGAGGGUCAUCUCAAUGUUGUAAAACAUAUCAUACAUAAAGGAGUGGAUGUUAAUACUGUUGACGAAGAUGGUUUCACAUCCCUUCAUCACGCAUCACAGAACGGAUAUCUUGAUAUUGUUGAAUGUAUAGUGCAUGCAGGAGCAAAUGUGAACAUAGCAGCAAAGAAUGGUUACACACCUUUAUAUGAGGCAUCUCACAAAGGUCAUCUAGACAUUGUACAAUAUCUUGUUUCUCAAGGAGCGAACACAAAUUCUGUUGAUGAUGAAGGCUACACACCUCUAUACGUUGCUUGUCAAGAGGGUCAUCUUGAUGCUGCUAAAUAUCUAGUGCAUGCAGGGGCUGAUGUGAACAAAGAAGCAAAGAAUGGUGAUACACCUUUGUAUAGAGCAUCUCAUAAAGGUCAUCUAGAUAUCGUAGAAUAUCUCAUUUCUCAACGAGCGAACCUGAAUUCUGUUGAUGACGAGGGCUAUACACCUCUCUCUGUUGCUUCACAAGAGGGUCAUCUGGAUGUUGCUAAAUGUCUAGUGAAUGCAGGAGCUGAUGUGAACAAAGCAGCAAAGAAUGGUUCUACCCCUUUGUUUGCAGCAUCUUAUAAAGGUCAUCUAGACAUAGUGAAGUAUCUGAUUAACAAAGGAGCAGCUAUUGAUAAACGAGGUUAUGGCGGUCAGACGCCUCUUCGUGGCGCAUCAUUCUAUGGCCAUCUUGGAGUUGUCACGUAUCUUAUCAGUCAAAGGGCAGAUAAAGACAUGGGUGAUAAUGAUGGCUUUACACCUCUUUCUGUGGCUUCGCAAAAGGGUCAUCUGGAUGUUGCUAAAUGUCUUGUGCAUGCAGGAGCUGAAGUAAACAAAGCAGCAGAGAGGGGUUUUACACCCUUGUAUGCAGCAUCUAGUAACGGUCAUCUAGACAUAGUGGAGUAUCUGAUUAACAAAGGAGGAGCUAUUGAUAGGAGAGGUAACGGUCAGACGCCUCUUCGUGUCGCAUCAAAAAAUGGCCAUCUUGGGGUUGUCAAGUAUCUUAUCAGUCAAAGGGCAGACAAAGAAAUGGGUGAUAACAAUGGCUAUACACCUUUAUAUGUUGCUUCAGAAAAUGGUCAUAUGUAUGUUGCUAAAUGUCUAGUACAUGCAGGAGCUGAUGUGAACAAACCAGCAAGUGAUGGUGAUCUAUCCCUCCUCGCUGCUUCUCGUGGGGGCUAUCUUGACAUUAUGAAAUAUCUCGUUACAAAAGGAGCUGCCAUCGAGUCACGUAAUAAUUACGGUUGGACAGUUUUCCAUUAUGCAGCAGAUAAUGGCCACUUGGAAUCUUUGGAAUAUUUCUUGAGAAACAACACUAGCGGUACUUUGGGAAACAGCCACGACGUUCUCAAAAGACUUCAGGUAGGGUACUCAGUUCAAACCGAUUUUUAA